CAUACACAAACAUAUAUACAUAUUCUUACAUUUUAGUAUUUAAAUAUUAACUGUUCACAUACAGACAUAGAUACAUACAAAACAAUCAAAUAAUAAGAUCAGAAAGACAGCAAGAGAAUGUAUAAAAAGAUAAAGUAAUUAAGGGGGUGGCAGCCUCUCCCCAUUCAAUAUAUAUAUAUAUAUAAUUAUUUAUUUAUAUUAGAAGUUUCUUUUUGUUCCCUUAUAAAACCCUCUUUUGGAAUUCAGUCUCCUCUCUUCUCUUCUCUUCUCCUCUAUUCAUUUCCUCAAAAUUUCUUGAUUCCCUCUCAUGGCGGGUGUAUCGUUGCCUCCCGGCUUUCGGUUCCACCCGACAGACGAAGAGCUCGUAGCGUAUUACCUCAAGAGGAAGAUCAAUGGCCAAAAAAUUGAUCUCGAGGUCAUCCCUGAAGUCGAUCUUUAUAAGUGCGAGCCAUGGGAUCUUCCAGGAAAGUCACUGCUACCAAGCAAAGAUCUUGAAUGGUUCUUCUUUAGCCCACGAGAUCGUAAAUACCCGAAUGGAUCAAGAACGAACCGGGCUACCAAAGCCGGGUAUUGGAAGGCGACUGGCAAAGAUAGGAAGGUGAUGAUGAAUAGUUCUACUUCAGAAGGAAUUAACAGGGCUGUGGGGAUGAAGAAAACCCUAGUUUAUUACAGGGGGCGAGCCCCCCAUGGGGCGCGAACCGAUUGGGUUAUGCAUGAAUAUCGCCUCGAUGAUAGAGAAUGCCUCGAUCCCUCGUCGGGCUUGCAGGAUGCAUACGCCCUUUGCCGCAUAUUCAAGAAGAGUUUAAACAUCACAAAGGUAGAAGAAGAUCACCAACAUCCUGACAAUAGUGUCUCCCCGAACAUCGACCUGGCUGACGAAUUAGGACAUUUCGGCGCUUUCAAUUCCGGAAAUCACCCUGUAAUGACAUUGAACUCCUCAUCAAGUGACCAUGAAGCUGCAGCAUGGACACACUACUUAUCAGAAGAGGCAUUUGGUUUUUGCAAUAAUGAAGACAAUAAUUCUUUGCCAUACCCGCCAUCAAAGAUGGGGAUUACAUUAGAGUGUGCGAGAUUACAAACGAGGUCUUCAUUGCCUCCGCUAGAGGCCAUUCCCGAUUUUUCGCCAGCUGCUUUCUCUAACAACCCGACUAACAACACACCAUCUUCAAGCGUAUUCCAUGACUAUACGUACCCCCCUCGAGAUCUCAUGUUGUCGACUUACUUGGAUAAUUAUGGAGAUGAGAACAAUCCCAUGAGGUUCAUUGAAACUGGAAGAAAUAAUUAUAUGGGUGAUGAGAACCUAAGCUGGAUUGGAAUGCCUAACCACGAAUUUGAAAAGGUGUGGACAGAUGACUUGAGGACGGCUCCCAUAGAAGGCAUCUCCAAUAUUGUCCGAGGGGAAUAUCGAGAUUUUGAAAUUGAAGGCGGUCACAACUUUGAAGCAUUCUUCACUACAGAAGUAAGCGAUACAAUCGGAGGCAGCGAGGUGUUGAUUGAUAAUUUCUCGAACUCGCCGGACUUGGACAUAUUCGAUGACAAUAAUAUCCAAGUGAAUCAUGGAUUACUCGUUUCGACUCGACAAACAGCUACAACAUUUUAUCACCAAGUAGUGCCAUCAAAGACAAUCUCCAUCUCUAUAAACCCAACAAUUAGAGAUGAAAAUCCACCGAUGGGUUUUGUACCGAGUUUGUCGAGGAAAUUUAGGAUGUUGGCGAAAAAUACGAUAAGAAGCUUGGGAAGAUCUCAAGAGGAAAUGAAUCCAAGAAGUGUUGGGGGAGGGAGAAAUUUGUUUGGGGAGAUUAAGGAUGUUCUAAGGUGUUACUUGACCCUAGUUUCUCUUGAUUUGCACAAUUUGUGGAAAGGGGAUUUGUUGCUAGGGUAAAAUAAUCUAAGGGCCAAGAAUAGAGCGACUUCGAAUUUCGAUUACUUGCUACAACAACUACAACUAUUAUUAGUUUUUCUUUUUUUUUUUUUUUAAUUGGGAAUUCUUGAUGAAAAUCGUUUGAUUGUAUGU